CCAUUGGAUGUGUAUUUAUCUCAUCUUUCUCGAGUUCUCAUGCAUCUACUUUUCAGCUCAUUUUUUAGAUAGAGUUCAGACCAUAGCCAAAGCCAGAGCCAAAGGAACUCAACCUCCUAUAAUGACGAAAACAACUCCAAUAUUUAUCCAUUUCUCUUUCUACAUCACAUUUUUCCUCUUUCCCAUUCAUGCAAACUCCCAGCUCAUUGCUCAAGAACAAGGAAUCCUACUAAACUUGAAACAACUCUGGGGAAACCCAAAAUCUCUCAAACAUUGGAUUCCAACAAACUCCUCCUCCCAUUGUUCCUGGCCUGAGAUCACUUGCUCCAAAGGCUCUAUCAUUGGAUUAUCCUUCCGAGAUUAUAACAUCAGCGGAACAAUCCCACCCUUCAUUUGCAACCUUAAGAACCUCACAACAUUUGAUGUUUAUAAUAACAGUUUCCACUCAAUAGAGUUCCCAAGAGAUCUCUAUAACUGUUCUAAGUUGGAAACUCUUGACCUCUCGCAAAACUACUUUUAUGGUGCAAUCCCCGAUGACAUUCACCGUAUGUCUUCGCUUCAAAAUCUUAGCGUCGAAGGCAACAACUUCAUUGGUAACAUCCCAGCAUCUAUCGGGCGGUUGACAAAAUUGAGGAGACUCAUGCUUGUCCAGUGUCCAUUUACCGGGUCUUUCCCACCAGAAAUUGGAAACCUGUCCAAUCUCGAGGAAUUGGGGUUGGCCUAUAAUUAUAAGAUGGUGCCAUCAUUGCCUUCGGAGUUCGGAAAGUUGAAGAAGUUGAAGUUUUUAUGGAUGGCUGGAACAAAUUUGAUCGGGGAAAUCCCGAACACAAUUGGAGAAAUGGCAGCUCUGGAGCAUUUGGAUUUGUCAGAAAAUAGCUUGACUGGGAAGAUCCCAGAUAGUUUGUUUGUGCCAAAGAAUCUAAGGAUUGUUUAUCUUCACAAAAACAAAUUGUCUAGGGAGAUUCCUCAGGUGGUCAAGGCUUUGAACCUCGAUGUUGUCGACCUCUCAGAAAAUAAUUUGACAGGGACAAUUCCUGAUGAUUUUGGAAAGCUUAGAAAUUUGACAGGUCUGGCUUUGUUUUUGAAUCAAUUAUCUGGAAAAAUCCCAGAUAGCAUUGGUCGUCUUCCGAGGCUAGUAAAUCUCAAGUUAUUUAACAAUAAUUUUUUUGGGAGUUUGCCUCCAGAACUAGGGAGGUAUUCUAUGUUGGAAAGGCUUUGGGUUUCAACCAACAAGCUUACGGGCCAGUUGCCAGAACACUUGUGUGACAAUGGGAAGUUGGUGGAAGUGCUAGCUUAUGAAAACCAGCUCGUUAGAGAGUUGCCCAAGUCUUUUGGAAAUUGCAGCAGUUUGGAAUUAGUCAAGAUAUACAGAAAUAAGUUUUCUGGGAAUAUUCCAAGUGGUCUUUGGACAUCAUCGAAUCUGAACAUGUUGAUGUUAAGUGAUAAUUAUUUUACAGGUGAGCUUCCUGAAAGAUUGGCAUGGAAUCUUUCACGAUUAGAGAUGAAUAACAAUAGAUUUUCAGGUAGAAUUCCACAGGGAGUGUCUUCCUCGAGGAAUUUGUUGGUUCUCAAGGCUAGCAAUAACCUCUUCAAUGGCACGAUUCCUCAAGAUCUUUCUCGUUUGACAACUCUUUUGCUUGAUCGAAAUCGACUUUCGGGCCCCCUUCCAUCUGAUAUUAAUUCAUGGAAAUCGCUGAAUACUCUAAACCUCAGCCGAAAUGCUAUCUCUGGACAGAUUCCAGAGGAAUUUGGUUCCAUACCAGGUCUUUUGGAAUUGGACUUGUCUAAAAAUCAGCUGUUUGGCCUAAUUCCAUCAAAACUUGGCCUUUUGAAGCUCACUUCACUCAAUUUGUCUUCAAAUCAUCUGACUGGAAGCAUCCCAAGUGAGUUCGAGAAUGAUGCAUAUGCCUACAGCUUCUUGAACAAUUCUGGUCUUUGUGCUAAUAGACCAUCUCGAUCCCUUAACCUUGAGAACUGCAGUUCGCACCGCCAAAAUUCGAGCAAAACUUCUUACAAAUUAAUUGCUUGGAUCAUAGGUCUUGUGGUGGCAAUUCUUCUAGGUUUGUUUAUUUCAUUCUUUGUGAUAAGAAAUUACAAAAAGAGAAAGCAUGGAUUGCAUUUGACAUGGAAGCUCACCUCAUUCCAGAAGCUAAAUUUCACAGAAUCAAACAUUUUAUCAGGAUUGACAGAAGAUAACAAGAUUGGUUUUGGUGGAUCAGGUCAAGUAUACCGUAUUGUUAUUAAUCAUUUUGGUGAUACUAUUGCAGUGAAAAAGAUUUGGAAUAACAGUAAGAUAGAAGAAAAGCUUGAAAAAGAAUUUAUGGCAGAAGUUAAAAUACUUAGUUCAAUUCGACACGCCAACAUAGUGAAGCUGCUCUGUUGUAUCUCCAGUGAUAAGUCAAAACUUCUUGUCUACGAGUAUUUGGAUAAUUGUAGCCUGGAUCGUUGGCUGCAUAGGAACAAUAGAGUAACAACAUUUUCAAGCCCAGUCAAUCAUGUUGUCUUGGAUUGGCCCAAGAGGUUGCAUAUAGCAAUUGGAGCUGCCCGAGGGCUCUCUUAUAUGCACCAUGACUGCUCACUACCCAUUGUUCAUCGAGAUGUGAAGUCAAGCAACAUCCUUUUAGAUCUUGAUUUCAAUGCACACAUAGCUGAUUUUGGUCUAGCAAAGAUGUUGAUCAAGGAGGGAGAACCGUCUACAAUGUCAGUCGUGGCUGGCUCUUUUGGCUACAUAGCUCCAGAGUAUGCUCGCACGACAAGAAUCAAUGAGAAGAUCGAUGUUUAUAGCUUUGGGGUUAUUCUUUUGGAAUUGACAACUGGAAGGAAAGCCAAUUAUGGUGAUGAACACACAUCCCUAGCCGAAUGGGCAUUGCGACAUAUUCAAGAUGGAAAACCUAUAGGUGAUGCCUUGGAUGAGGAGGUCAAGGAGCCUUGUCACUUGAAUGCAAUGUGUCAUGUUUUCAGACUUGGACUCUAUUGUACUGACACACUGCCUUCUACUAGGCCAUCCAUGAAAGAGGUUCUGAAGGUUCUACUCCAAUGCAGCCAACCAGUUAGAAACGAAGAGAAGAAUGCGGGAAUUGAGAUGCUUUUCCCUUCCUAAGGAAUUCAAGGCCAAAUGAGGAUGCUCAUCAUUGUUCAAGAGAUGUGAAGUUGGAGUUGCUACGGCUCUCCAAUAUACACUGUGACUGAUCUCAGCCCAUUGUUCAUUGAGAUGUGAAGUCUAGCAACAUCCUUUUAGAUCUCAAUUUCAAUGCACAAAUAGCUUGUUUCGGUCUAGCCAAAAUGCUGAUCAAGGAGGGAGAACUGGCUACAUUGUCAGUUGUGGCUAGCUCUUUUGGCUAUAUACCUUUAGAGUAUACUCGCACGACAAGAAUUAAUGAGAAGAUAGAUGUUUACAGUUUCGGAGUUAUCCUUCUGGAACUAGCAACCAGGAGGAAAGCCAAUGAUGGUGAUGAGCACACAUCCCUAGCCAAAUGAGCAUUACGACACAUUCAAGAUGGAAAACCUAUAAGUGAUGCCUUGGAUGAGGAGGUCAAGGAGCCCUGUCACUUGAAUGAAAUGUGUCAUGUUUUCAAACAUGGACUCUAUUGUACUAGCACACAGCCUUCUACCAGCCAGUAGAAAUGGAGAGAACAAUGUUGCAACUAAGAUGCUUUUCCCUUCCUAACGAAUUCAAAGCCAAAUUAAGAUGCUCAUCAUUGUUCAAGAGAAAUAAAAAGACCAGAUCCUUUAUGGUUACUAAAAGAAUUGAAUGGUGAAGUUGUUCCAUGAUAUUCUUUAGUAAUAACUUCACCAUUGUGUGUGCACUUUCAUACUAGAUUAUCCCCUAUUUCACUAUACUUUGUCUUUUCAUCCCCCAA